AUGGGAAAAGGGGAAGAACACUCAUCUUCCCAAACACCAUCUAGCUCAAAUUCCCAAACCGCUGAUAUACCAUCAAGUAACCGGUACUUUGUAGAUUACACUAGUCCCGGUUACUACGGACCACUUCCUGCUUGGCCAAUGCCUUUAUCUCCAUAUCCUGAUGGCGGCCAAUAUCCAAGAAACUAUGAAGUGAAUGUCGGUGACCCGAACCCUCUCAUGGCUACAAGCCCCGCUAUGAGUGGGAGAGUUGAUAUAGAGGAACCACCUGAGUGUAGAGAAACUGAUAUUCCAUGUACAUCUGAAAGAGUUGAAGAAAGUAAAGAGGAUAGACUCAAUUCAGAAGAAACUGAGGUUGGGAUUGGCGGGACACCACAGUUAGAGGAUGAAGUUGGUGGUGAUCUCAUUGAGGAGCCAAAGUCGGGAAUGGAGUUUAAUACGUUUGAAGAAUUAAUGGCUUACUAUAAGCAUUAUGGUAAAAAAAGCGGGUUUGGGGUAUUGAUAAGAAGGACUGAUAAAGGGGAUGAUGGCACUGUCCGAUAUGCCACCCUUGGUUGUGCCCGUGGUGGGAAGGCCCGGAAUAGGACAUUGAAUGUCGCUAGACCACGUCCAACAGGAAAGACAGAAUGUAAGGCAAAGGUUAAUGCCUUAAAAGUUGAUGGGAAGUUCCGGUUGACAACAGUGAAUAAUCUCCAUAACCAUGGCCUUAGCCCAAAUAAAUCUCGCUUCUUCCGAUGUAAUAGAGAAGUGAGUGACUCUGUAAAAAGAGUCCUAGAUAUAAAUGAUAUGGCUGGGAUCCGAAUGAAUAAGAGCUUCGGAUCUCUCGUCGUUGGCGCUGGUGGAUUCGAGAACCUCCCAUUUCUAGAAAAGGACUGUCGUAAUUAUAUCGAUAAGGCAAGACAUCUAAGACUUGGUAAAGGUGGUGCUGGAGCGCUUCAAGAUGAGGAUACAGAGACCUUCGUCUGGUUAUUCCAGACGUGGUUGAAGUGUAUGGAUGGUAUCGCUUCUAAAGCUAUUAUCACCGAUCAGGACAGAGCGAUGAAAAAUGCAAUUGCUAUUGUCUUUCCUGAAAGCCGACAUCGACUUUGUUUGUGGCAUAUACUUAAAAAAGUUCCCGAGAAGUUGUCCUCCUAUGCUUCCUACAAAAGUGGGAUGAAGAAUGCGUUGAUGAAAUCUAUGUAUGACACGCAAACUGUUGCAGAGUUUGAGAAAUCUUGGGAUCAGUUAAUCACCACUUACAAUUUGCAUGAGAAUGUCUGGCUGAAAAGUUUAUACACUGAGCGUGAGUCUUGGGUACCUGCAUUCUUGAAGGACUGUUUCUGGGCUGGGAUGAGUACAACGCAGCGCAGUGAAAGCAUGAACGCGUUUUUCGAUGGUUAUGUGCAUGCGAAGACAAACUUGAAAGAGGAAGUUCAGAUGCAACUAACCGGCAUUAUUGAUUUAGAUCCAGAGUUAGUUAAGAGGGAUGGUGCAGUAAAGACCUAUCAAUUAGAGGACGAAGUUCGUGUGGAAGAGUUCACUAAAUUGGUUACCUUUUUUGUGGACUUCAGUGAGGAAGGUGCAGAUGCUAAGUGUUCAUGUGGUUUAUUUCAGAUGAAGGGUAUACUGUGUAGGCACAUUUUCGCUGUAUUUAAAUGUAACGGGAUAAAAUUCCUGCCAGAGAAGUACAUUUUAGACCGAUGGAGGAAGGAUAUCAAAAGGAGAUACACGUUAAUCGGUAGUAGUUAUGAUGCUGGAGAUCAGCGGCCAGAUGCUUACAGAUAUGCUAGUUUAUUAAAAAUCUGUUAUGAAAUGAUUACUCAUGCAGCGGGUUCAGAAAAACAUACUGAGGAUGCCACACAUAAGUUACAUGCAAUGAUUGAAUUAUAUAAUGAGAAAGUAGACCCUUCAUCGAUGACCCUCACUGGUUCCAAUGUUCCUUGUACUCAAAAUGACACAACCACAGUGGGUAGUUCGAAAAAAGUACUCAGUCCAUUAGUUGUCAGAGGGAAAGGCAGACCUCCAUCUCUGAGGAAAGCAUCCAGGAUGGAGAAAGACAUGCGGAAACUUAAAGGAAAGGCAGCCGGGGCACCAGUAAACCGGAAACGUAAACAGAGAGAUGGAGGAGAUACACCAAUGCCGGACACAUGCAGGAAUUUAUUUGGCCCAUCAGAGAUAGAUAUUUCUAAUCUUGUUCAAGACAAAUCAGCUUGUGUCAUUGGUGGAACCCAGCUUGGACAACCAAUGUGUGGGAGUCAAGAAAGUGUAAAAUUAUCCAACUUUUUCAUGUACAACCAAUAG